AAAUCUCAGCCCUGGCUGCUCAAGCGCCUGUGCCUUCUCAGAACUCUUGUGGACUCUUCUCUUUAUCUCUAGAGAAUUCUCCACUUUGGAUCUCAAUUCUCUGCUGGGUUCUUGGCUCGGAUCUCUCAUCUAUUAUGGGUACGGAGUUCGCCGCAGAAGAAAUUAUGUGAGUUCAAAUUGCGAGUCAAAGUAUCCAUUUUCGGAAAUGAUGUUCCCACACAAACAAAUAUACGCGAACAGUUGCGUUCUUAUCGUAUCUGCCAGAAUCUUUGGUUGAUGCACGUAUAGCAAAGGCACAACUAAACUUUUGCGUACAUGUCUCAAAAUGACUUUUCUGAUAUAUUCCCUAUCUUCUUAAGCUCUGGAUUUACCCUCUAACUCAGUCAUAUCGUGUGGACAUCAUCUACGGCGGAUUUCUAUUAAAUAUAUAAGACAGGUUUACCCGACAUAAAAAUGGGAAUAUAUCUCAGCACUCCAAAAACUGAGAAGUUUUCUGAAGAUGGCGAGAAUUCCAAGCUUAGGUUCGGGUUAUCAUCCAUGCAAGGAUGGCGUGCAACAAUGGAAGAUGCGCAUACCGCACUGCCUGAUCUUGAUGAUUCCACUUCAUUUUUUGGCGUUUUUGAUGGCCAUGGAGGAAAAGUAGUUGCUAAAUUCUGCGCAAAAUAUCUGCACACUCAGGUGCUCAAGAAUGAAGCUUCUUCAGCUGGUGAUUUAGGUGUUUCCAUACAAAAAUCUUUCUUCAGAAUGGACGAGAUGAUGCGUGGGCAGAGAGGAUGGAGGGAGUUAGCUGUAUUGGGAGAUAAGAUAAACAAGUUUACUGGUAUGAUAGAAGGCUUCAUAUGGUCUCCGAAGGCUGGUGAUUCCCAUGAUCAACGAGAUGAAUGGGCAUUUGAAGAGGGACCCCACUCUGAUUUUUCUGGACCCACAUCAGGAAGCACCGCUUGUGUGGCUGUCAUUAGAAACAAUCAACUUAUUGUUGCAAAUGCUGGUGAUUCUCGCUGUGUAAUUUCAAGGAAGGGCCAGGCUUAUAAUUUGUCGAGGGAUCACAAGCCUGAGCUUGAGGCAGAGAGAGAGAGAAUUCUGAAAGCUGGAGGCUUUAUCCAUGCAGGACGAGUAAAUGGAAGCUUGAACCUGGCAAGAGCAAUUGGAGACAUGGAAUUCAAGCAGAACAAAUUUUUGCCAGCUGAAAAGCAAAUUGUUACCGCCAAUCCAGAUAUAAACACAGUGGAACUUUGUGAGGAUGAUGACUUUAUUGUUUUAGCUUGUGAUGGCAUCUGGGAUUGCAUGUCAAGCCAGCAACUUGUGGAUUUUAUCCAUGAACAUAUAAACACUGAGACGAAGCUCUCUGCAGUGUGUGAACGAGUGCUCGACAGGUGUUUGGCACCCUCGACAGCCGGUGGAGAGGGAUGCGAUAACAUGACCAUGAUCCUCAUUCAGUUCAAGAAGCCCUUUAACUCUAACCCCGACAAUCCAGAGUCCUCUACUUCCGACAGCGCUAAUUCAAACAAUGCCGAGCCAUCAUCAACUGAGACGUCCGCAGAUAAUGAAACCAAGUAAAUCUGAGAUUUCCGCAGAUAAGGAAGCCAAGUAUCCUUCACUCGUCGACUAUAGGUUCUACAUCUGACGGAAACACCCAUUGUGCAGAAUUCAUUGGUAUUGAUAUGGGCGAUGGGUGUGUAAAUAUCUGUAUGUUAUAAAUCUUCAUAUCAUUGUGCAGAGGCUGAGACUAGUUCCUCUAUCUUGAUUACUUGAAAAAUUAUGUAACUCGUAUAGGCCAAACUUGUUAUGGGUUUUGUUGCUUUGAUUCAAAAUGUGUAAGCGGAUAGGCGUACUUCCACUGUUUUUGUUAUGGUGAUCGUAUAAGAAAAUUUUCUUGGACGAUUGAUUAGGAAAA